CUUCAACCACCAUCACCGCGUCGGCUCUGUUGCUCCUUCCACAGUCGUGCGAACCCCUCGACCGCUUUCUGGGUGCAUUGUACGCAGCCACAGAGAUAGGGUCCUCAACAUGCAGACGCCCUCCCGUUACCGCGGCCUUCCAGGCGCAUUAGACGCGUCGCUUUACGACUUCGAGACUUCGCCGCCGCGCUCAUUUGAAUCUCCCUCAUCUUCGUCUCCAAGUCGCAAUAGCAAGACACAUGAAAAGGGCGCAUCUUUUGCACCCCGGAACCCAGGCCCGUCAAUCUUCGAACCCCAACCCAAAGCUCCCAAACCGUCUUUUCCUCGCGCGCCACGAACUGGCCUCGGCUACCUCGCAGAACUCGCGGAUGCUCUGCCUACCAUUGAACCUCCCUCGGACUCGACCUCUUUCUCCAAUCCACUCGACACUUACCUCGACUUCGGCGCGCGGCCAACACGCGGCCUUCCGCGCCAGUUCCCGAGCGAGAAACGCUUUCCGCACGUGCAGGCUCAGGCCGCCAAAUUUCCUCCCUCGACACCCUCCCCACCUCCACUCUCGCCCCAGGUCGCCGCUCUCCGGGAGCGCGAGGCCUCUGAAGCGGCGCGUGGCGAGGAGGAAUGGGUCCUCGCCGGCGGCACCCUCCGUGACGCGCAUGGUAGGCGCGACCCCGCGCGCACUGCGGCCGUGCGACGGCAGGCGCUGCGCAGGAUACGCAUGGAGGAGCGCGAGCGGGUGAAGCGGGGUCGGUGGGCGGCGUAUGAGGCGCAAUGGGGGGUAGUAGCGCGCAUGCCGGUGGGCGUGGUGCGGUUUGCGGACGUGCCGUGGCCGGUGUUCGGGGUGGAGGAGGAGGGAGAGGAAGAUGAGGAGGACGACGAUGGCGAGGGCGGUAGCGCUCCCGUCAUGCCUGGUCUGUUUGGUGCGCGGAGCAGCGGGGAAGCGGAGGGAUGGGGUGGACGCGCGAUUCGACCCGAGGACGUGACGGAGGCCGCGGUCGAGAAGUUCAUGCGUACCGCGGCCGGGUACUCGAAUCCGACGGAUACUGGGUGCUCCAGUCAGAGACACCCCACUCAGUCUGGCUCAGGCCAAUCCUCACCGACCGACAAACACGCCCUCCGCGACCGCGUUCGCCGCGGACUCCUCCGCUGGCAUCCGGACAAGCUCGUCGCCGUGCUCAGGCGUGUCGCCCAGGAAGACACCGAAGACGUCGAGCGAGCGGCGCGCGUCGUGUUCAGCUCCCUUCAGGGUAUGAACGGGAGGAUUGGGAGCGAGUGAAGAUUGGAGCUGUAUUGAGAGGAUUGAGAUCGAAUGAAGUGAUAAGCGAGGUUGAAGUGAGAGAAUUGCGUACUAAAUAGAGUGAGGAUCCAAAGUCGAAAAGAAUGGCAAACAUCGGGCGGCGCAUGCCUGGUAGAUGCUUGGUCCGGGCGUAUAUGAGCCUGUAUGUGACACACUUGAAGAAGCUAGACAGACGAUGUAAUAAAAGUAGGGACCAACUGCCCUUCCGCAUC